GCAGGAAAUUUUUAAACACCGUUUGACUGAUAUAUAAUUUAAAUUAGUUAGCUAAUGGGAUGUAAAUAUAAAUAUCCAGACGUGUAGGUUCACAACACGGGCGUGUCAGUUUAAUACUGUGUUAAAAUUACUCGUGCUAACCCACGUUAGCCUGCUAAAAGUAAUUACAGGCUGCUGAUAUCCAACACACUGUGUAUAUCAUUUUGAUCUGGUGGGAACAGGAGGAAAGAUGAACAGCCAUGGAGCAGGGAGAGGUUCCUGGAGAGGUGGAGGAGGUUCCUGGAGAGGUGGAGGAGGUUCCUGGAGAGGUGGAGGAGGUUCCUGGAGAGGUGGCAAAAGCGCAGAGUCCGGUGGAGGUGGAAGUAAUGGAUGGAGAGGUGGAGGAAGAGGGAAUGGAGGAAAAAGCAGAGGCUGGAGAGGUCGUACGUGGGGAAGAGAAGGGGGAAAUUAUUCACCCAAUAACACACAACGUGGUGCAGGGAUUUCUUCACCAGUUCCUCGUACAACCCAAGCAACACUUGACAUAACUUGUCCUUACAAAGGAUGGAGGCUCUACUUUACAGAAGGUUUCAUUGAGUCUUCACCUUAUGUUGAGAAGAUAAAGGCAUUUGAAAAAUACUUCACUUCACAAAUCGAUCUUUAUAACAAGGAUGAAAUUGAAAGAAAAGGCAGCAUCUUGGUGGACUACAAAGACUUGCUUGUGAACAAACAGACUUCCACAGCAGUACCUGAUCUUGCUCAUGAGCUUAAAGACAUGCCCGAAAAGAUACUGGACUGCUUGGGCCUAGCCAUUCACCAAGUGUUGACGAAGGAUCUGGAAAAGCAUGCUGAUGAGCUACAAGCCCAAGAAGGGCUUCCUGCAGGCGCAACCCCUAUUAUUAACAUACCACACAUAAGUGCUAGGAUUUAUAAUUAUGAGCCUCUCACCCAUUUGAAGAUGCUCAGAGCCAAUUUAUACGGCAAGUUUGUGGCUAUUAGAGGGACUGUGGUGAGAGUGAGCAACAUCAAACCAAUUUGCACUAAGAUGGCGUUCAUCUGUAACAUGUGUGGAGACACUCAGAGUCUGGCUCUGACUGAUGGGAAGUACAAUGUACCCACUAAGUGUCUUCAAAGAGAAUGCCGUGGACGAUCUUUUACCCCAAACAGAAGUUCACCACUAACGCUGACCGUCGACUGGCAGACUAUAAAGGUUCAGGAGCUGAUAUCAGAUGACCAGCGUGAAUCAGGGCGUAUUCCCCGGACCAUUGAGUGUGAACUCACUCAGGAUUUGGUGGACAGCUGUGUACCAGGAGACAUGGUCACCAUCACAGGAGUUAUUAAAGUCUCUAAUGAGGAAGGGUUUGGAAGAAAUAAAAAGGACAAGUGCAUGUUCCUUUUGUAUAUAGAAGCAAACUCUCUCAGUAACUCAAAAGGGCAAAAAACCAAGUCUGCGUCUGAAACUGAAGGCCAGGAGACAUCAGUAGAGUUUUCGCUCAAAGAUCUGUAUGCCAUCCAGGAGAUUCAUGCACAAGAGGACCUCUUUAAGUUAAUUGUCAAUUCUCUUUGUCCAGCCAUCUAUGGGCAUCUGCUUGUUAAGGCAGGAUUAGUCCUGGCUUUAUUUGGAGGCUGUCAUAAAUAUGUGGAUGAUAAGAACCGAAUCCCUAUAAGAGGAGACCCACACAUGCUUGUCGUAGGAGAUCCUGGACUUGGCAAAAGUCAAAUGUUACAGGCAGUAUGCAAUGUCGCCCCACGUGGUAUCUACGUUUGCGGAAACACCACCACCACCUCAGGCCUGACUGUCUCUCUGUCCAGGGACAGUGGCUCUGGAGACUAUGCACUAGAAGCUGGAGCGUUAGUGUUAGGAGAUCAAGGUAUCUGCUGUAUUGAUGAAUUUGAUAAGAUGGGGAAUCAGCACCAGGCCUUGUUGGAAGCUAUGGAGCAGCAAAGCAUAAGUUUGGCCAAAGCUGGAAUUGUCUGUACUCUUCCAGCUCGCACAUCCAUCAUUGCAGCAGCUAACCCAGUGGGAGGACAUUACAAUAAGGCUAAGACAGUAUCUGAAAACCUGAAAAUGGGCAGUGCUCUGCUGUCCAGAUUUGAUCUGGUCUUUAUUCUUCUGGACACUCCCAAUGAGGACCAUGACCACAUGCUCUCAGAACACGUCAUGGCAAUGCGUGCAGGGAAGAAAGGCAUGAUUAGCGGUUUAACAGCCACCAGGGGCUGUACACAGGAGUCCAACAUAUCCAUUCUGGAAAUUCCCUCAAACAAGCCUCUUUCAGACAGCCUGAAGGUUCUUCCUGGAGAGACUUUUGACCCAAUUCCUCACCAGCUGCUGCGUAAAUAUGUAGGCUACGCCCGGCAUUAUGUGCACCCCAGUCUCUCAGCCGAAGCUGCUCGGGUCCUACAGGACUUCUACCUGGAGCUGCGAAAGCAGAACCAAUCAGCCGAUAGCACCCCAAUCACAACUCGGCAGCUAGAGUCCCUCAUCCGCCUCACUGAGGCAAGGGCACGUCUUGAACUUCGAGAAAAAGCUACUCAAAGUGAUGCAGAGGAUGUGGUGGAGAUCAUGAAACACAGUUUGACAGAUACGUACUCGGACGAAUUUGGUCGGCUGGAUUUUGACCGAUCUCAGCUUGGGUCUGGGAUGAGCAACAGGUCAAAAGUCAAGAAGUUUGUUGCAGCUUUGAACCAAAUCGCUGAGCGCACCCACAAAACCUUGUUUGAAUUUCAGCACCUGCGACAGCUGGCUAAAGACCUCCACGUUCAGGUUAUUGAUUUUGAAGGCUUUAUCAGCGCACUCAAUGAACAAGGCUACCUGCUAAAAAAAGGACACAGAACAUACCAGCUGCAAACCAUCUGAACAAAAACUUAUUUCAAUACUUUCGAUACUGUUUUUAAUCCAUGCGUGUUCUCUGUAGGUAUCUUGUUUGUUACAUAUGUUACAGACAUAUUUAUUUUUAAAACAAAAACAUCAUUUAAUUAAUUUGAUCAUUUAUUGUAUAGUAUCUUUAACACAGCUUAUUUAUGGAUAUACACUCAGUGGCUCUUUUAGCAGGUACACCUAACUUGUAUCAAUAGCCAUUGACCAUUUUAUUAGAUACACCAUGAUUACCGAUUGCAGCCCAUCUGUUUUUGUGCAGUUUGUCAGUUCCAUCUGUUCUGUCCAGGGAACCAUCAUAGGGAGAUGCUGACCAGAUAGAAGGAACAUCCUCACUACAGCACUGACACAUGUUUUUCUGUGUGUUACUGGUAUGAAUGGAUAAUGCACAGUAAUGGUGGUGGGAUUUUUGCUCGGUUGAGAACAGUGGUGCAGUGGUUAUUAACACACUCUGAUAGAAAGGAUUAAUCUGUCAUGUCUAACUGUACACCAACCAGGUAGUUGUGUAUAAUAAAGUUGGCAGAAAGAAUACAGUGUUUAGAACUCUGGCAAUGUUUCUACGUCUGACCUGCUUUACCAGUGUCAUGCACAUCACCAUGUCAGCAUCAGUACUGUACCAAAUAUAGUCCACCACUUAAAUAAUAUCUGGUCAGUAUGGUCCCUUUCAACUGAUGGACAUGUAGAAGGGGUCUGACAAAUUGCUCAUAGCAAGACAUGGGCUACAGGACAGGUUUGCAACCCUGAUAUCGGACUACCCCGUGUCCUGCACACUAUUUACCCUGCUUUAACGUCUAUUUCAACUCCAGAGCGGCUGCUUAGUUGAGUCAGGUGUGUUCGAGCAGGAAAUACACAAAAUAUGCAUGACCAGGGCUGGGAACCUGUGGGUUAUAAAGUGUACAAUGGGGUCAGUGUGGACCUGUGGUAGGUGUAGAUUGUAAAAUGGACCUACAUUUCUUGUUACGGCAAAUCGAAGAAAGAAAAUAUUAAUAGGCAGAGUGUGUCUCUUGCCACAUUAUUUAUUAUUAUUAUUAUAAUUAUACAAUAAAUAUACAUUGUAUCUUUAACCAUACAGUGCUUGAUACAACACAUGCGUGGUGGUGGUGUUUUUUAUAAAGUAUUUGAACU